AUGUCGGCUGAGAGUGGAGAUAAGGAGCAGCCAAACAGGCAUGAGCCAGAGAAUGGAGAUAAGGAGCAGCCAAACAGGCAUGAGCUAGAGAGUGGAGAUGAUGAGCAUCAAAACAAUCAUAGGCGAGAGAUUGGAGAUGAGGAGCGCCCAAACAGACAUGAGCCAGAGAGUGGAGAUCAAGAGCGCCCAAAUAGGCAUGAGCCAGAGAGUGGAAAUAAGGAGCAGCCAAACAGGCCUGAGCUAGAGAGUGGAGAUAAGGAGCGCUCAAACAGUCAUGAGCCAGAGAGUGGAGAUAAGGAGCAGCCAAACAGGCAUGAGCUAGAGAGUGGAGAUGAUGAGCAUCCAAACAGUCAUAGGCGAGAGAUUGGAGAUGAGGAGCACCCAAACAGACAUGAGCCAGAGAGUGGAGAUCAAGAGCGCCCAAAUAGGCAUGAGCCAGAGAGUGGAAAUAAGGAGCAGCCAAACAGGCCUGAGCUAGAGAGUGGAGAUGAGGAGCGCUCAAACAGUCAUGAGCCAGAGAGUGGAGAUAAGGAGCAGCCAAACAGGCAUGAGCCAGAGAGUGGAGAUGAGGAGCACCCAAACAGCCUUGAGCGAGAGAGUGGAGAUGAGGAGCACUCAAACAGUCAUGAGCCAGAGAGUGGAGAUGAGGAGCGUCCAAACAGUCAUGAGCGAGAAAGUGGAGAUGAUGAGCGUCCAAACAGUCAUGAGCGAGAGAGUGGAGAUGAUGAGCGUCCAAACAGUCAUGAGCCAGAGAGUGGAGAUGGUGAGAGUCAAAACAGUCAUGAGCGAGAGAGUGGAGAUGAUGAGCGUCCAAACAGUCAUGAGCCAGAGAGUGGAGAUGAGGAGCACCCAAACAGCCAAGAGCAAUGGAGUGGAGUUGAGGAGCGUCCAAACAGUCAUGAGCCAGAGAGUGGAGAUGAGGAGCGCCCAAACAGCCAAGAGCAAUGGAGUGGAGUUGAGGAGCGUCCAAACAGUCAUGAGCCAGAGAGUGGAGAUGAUGGGCGUCCAAACAGUCAUGAGCCAGAGAGUGGAGAUGAGGAGCGCCCAAACAGCCAAGAGCAAUGGAGUGGAGUUGAGGAGCGUCCAAACAGUCAAGAGCCAGAGAGUGGAGAUGAUGAGCGUUCAAACAGUCAUGAGCGAGAAAGUGGAGAUGAGGAGCACUCAAACAGUCAUGAGCCAGAGAGUGGAGAUGAUGAGCGUUCAAACAGUCAUGAGCGAGAGAGUGGAGAUGAGGAGCACUCAAACAGUCAUGAGCCAGAGAGUGGAGAUGAGGAGCGUCCAAACAGUCAUGAGCGAGAAAGUGGAGAUGAUGAGCGUCCAAACAGUCAUGAGCGAGAGAGUGGAGAUGAUGAGCGUCCAAACAGUCAUGAGCCAGAGAGUGGAGAUGGUGAGAGUCAAAACAGUCAUGAGCGAGAGAGUGGAGAUGAUGAGCGUCCAAACAGUCAUGAGCCAGAGAGUGGAGAUGAGGAGCACCCAAACAGCCAAGAGCAAUGGAGUGGAGUUGAGGAGCGUCCAAACAGUCAUGAGCCAGAGAGUGGAGAUGAGGAGCGCCCAAACAGCCAAGAGCAAUGGAAUGGAGUUGAGGAGCGUCCAAACAGUCAUGAGCGAGAGAGUGGAGAUGAUGAGCGUCCAAACAGUCAUGAGCCAGAGAGUGGAGAUGAGGAGCGCCCAAACAGCCAUGAGCAAUGGAGUGGAGUUGAGGAGCGUCCAAACAGUCAUGAGCCAGAGAGUGGAGAUGAUGAGCGUCCAAACAGUCAUGAGCCAGAGAGUGGAGAUGAGGAUCACCCAAACAGCCAAGAGCAAUGGAGUGGAGUUGAGGAGCGUCCAAACAGUCAUGAGCCAGAGAGUGGAGAUGAUGAGCACCCAAACAGUCAUGAGCCAGAGAGUGGAGAUGAGGAUCACCCAAACAGCCAAGAGCAAUGGAGUGGAGUUGAGGAGCGUCCAAACAGUCAUGAGCGAGUGGGUGGAGAUGAUGAGCGUCCAAACAGUCAUGAGCGAGAGAGUGGAGAUGAGGAGCGUCCUAACAGUCAUGAGCGCAAGAGUGGAGAUGAGGAGCUUCCAAACAGUCAUGAGCGAGAGAGUGGAGAUGAUAAGUGUCCAAACAGUCAUGGGCCAGAGAGUGGAGAUGAGGAGCACCCAAACAGUCAUGAGCCAGAGGGUGGAGAUGAGGAGCACCCAAACAGUCAUGAGCCAGAGAGUGGAGAUGAGGAGCACCCAAACAGUCAUGAUCAUGAGCCAGAGAGUGGAGAUGAGGAGCACCCAGACAGUCAUGAGCAUGAGAGUGGAGAUGAGGAGCACCCAAACAGUAAUGAGCCAGAGAGUGGAGAUGAGGAGCACCCAAACAGUCAUGAGCCAGAGAGUGGAGAUGAGGAGCACCCAAACAGUCAUGAGCCAGAGAGUGGAGAUGAGGAGCACCCAAACAGUCAUGGGCCAGAGAGUGGAGAUGAGGAGCACCCAAACAGUCAUGGGCCAGAGAGUGGAGAUGAGGAGCACCAAAACAAUCAUGAGCGAGAGAGUGGAGAUGAGGAGCAUCCAAUCAAUCAUGAGCGAGAGAGUGGAGAUGAGGAGCACCAAAACAAUCAUGAGCAAGAAAGUGGAGAUGAGGAUCACCCAAACAGUCAUGGGCCAGAAAGUGGAGAUGAGGAGAACCCAAACAGUCAUGGGCGAGAGAGUGGAGAUGAGGAGCACCCAAACAGUCAUGAGCCAGAGAGUGGAGAUGAGGAGAACCCAAACAGUCAUGAGCAAGAAAGUGGAGAUGAGGAGCACCCAAACAGUCAUGGGCCAGAGAGUGGAGAUGAGGAGCACCCAAACAGUCAUGAGCCAGAGAGUGGAGAUGAGAAGCAGCCAAACAGUCAUGAGACAGAAAGUGGAGAUGAGGAGCACCCAAACAGUCAUGAGCCAGAGAGUGGAGAUGAGGAGAACCCAAACAAUCAUGGGCCAGAGAGUGGAGAUGAGGAGCACCCAAACAGUCAUGAGCCAGAGAGUGGAGAUGAGGAGCACCCAAACAGUCAUAAGCGAGAGAGUGGAGAUGAGGAGCACACAAACAGUCAUGGGCCAGAGAGUGGAGAUGAGGAGCACCCAAGCAAUCAUGGGCCAGAGAGUGGAGAUGAGGAGCACCUAAACAAUCAUGAGCGAGAGAGUGGAGAUGAGGAGCACCCAAACAGUCAUGAGCCAGAGAGUGGAGAUGAGGAGCACCGAAACAAUCAUGAGCCAGAAAGUGGAGAUGAGGAGCACCCAAACAGUCAUGAGCCAGAGAGUGGAGAUGAUGAGCACCCAAACAGUCAUGAGCCAGAGAGUGGAGAUGAGGAGCACCCAAACAGUCAUGAGCCAGAGAGUGGAGAUGAGGAGCACCCAAACAAUCAUGAGCGAGAGAGUGGAGAUGAGGAGCACCCAAACAAUCAUGAGCGAGAGAGUGGAGAUGAGGAGCACCCAAACAGUCAUGAGCGAGAGAGUGGAGAUGAGGAGCACCCAAACAGUCAUGAGCCAGAGAGUGGAGAUGAGGAGCACCCAAACAGUCAUGAGCCAGAGAGUGGAGAUGAGGAGCACCCAAACAGUCAUGAGCCAGAGAGUGGAGAUGAGGAGCACCCAAACAGUCAUGAGCCAGAGAGUGGAGAUGAGGAGCGCCCAAACAGGCAUGAGCCAGAGGGUGGAGAUGAGGAGCACCCAAACAGUCAUGAGCGAGAGAGUGGAGAUGAGGAGCACCCAAAUAGUCAUGAGACAGAGAGUGGAGAUGAGGAGUACCCAAACAGUCAUGAGAUAGAGGGUGGAAAUGAGGAGCACUCAAACAGUCAUGAGCCAGAGGGUGGAGAUGAGGAGCACUCAAACAGUCAUGAGACAGAGAGUGGAGAUGAGGAGUACGCAGACAGCCUUGAGCGAGAGAGUUGA